GAAGUGCAAAUUACCAAAAGCGCCCUGCCACUGCCCCGUUCAAGAAAGGAAGGAAAAGGGCAGAGAAAGAAAAGAGAGAGAGAGAGGGGCAGGGGAAGGACUGACUGACUCCUCGCGGCUCGCCAAGGCGGCCACAUUCCGCACCCACGGUCUUCGCCGCGAUCCGUCGGGGACGCCAGGGGCAAGAGUGAGGCCGUGCUGGGACUGCCCGAGUGAGCCGCCGGUCUCGCCGCCUCCGGCUCUGUUUCCUCUGAUCCUGCCCGCCGCGCGACGUCGUCGGCUCCUUUCCGUGGUUCGGGUUUCCGAGGAGCAAACCUCUUUUUGCGGCCGCCUGUUGGUGAGGGUGGCGGCGUUGGCAAACAACUGAUCAGGACUCAGGAGGAGUUAUUUUUUCCUCUGUUUUUUUGCUGUCGUUCGAGGAACAUGAGGGGAGCACACGGCUGUUCCUUGAUCAGGGCAACUGUUUGCUGCAGCAUAAUUUGGUUGUCUUUUGCUAGAGUUUACCAAUGUCAGCAGGGGCCACUAUAAACUGGAUUAAAACCCCAUUCGGCACCAGGAGAUGUCAUGACUUCUCUAGUUUAAGUUUUAGAUGCCGAAACACUUUUGGAUCAAUUCAGCCUUGCUGGUUCGCAACUGAUAAGGAAUCAUCCCUCUCCAAAGUUCGUGUGGCUGCAGAUUACUCAGACUCAGUGCCAGAUUCGAAGUACAUGAGAGAGCGGGGAUACCAUCCUCUUGAAGAAGUAAAAGAACGUCCAAAGAAAAAAGACCUUUCACUAACAGAUGUAGAAACGGCUAGAACUGUUGUAGAGGCCAAUAGCAAGGGAUUGCUUGUAUUUCCUGCCAGGGUGCAUAAUGAACCUCAUGGACAUGUUGCUUGGUCAGAGUUUCAGUAUGUUGUUGAUGACUAUGGAGACAUUUUCUUUCAAGUACCUGAUAAUGGGAACAUUUUGGACGAUGAUGACGCAAACAACCCUGUGACGGUUUUAAUUGGAACAGAUGGUGCCAUUAUUGGAGAAACUAGUGUGGUAACUAGCGAUUUCAGCGACCACAUGGACAUUGAGGAUUCUAUGGACAUGCGUGAUGAUUACAGCAAGAUUGAUACAGAAAUAACUGAUAUUCUUAUAGAGUGGGGAAUGCCAGUAACGAUGCGUGCAAUACAUCCUAUAUAUUUUGCGAAGUGUUUGACAAAGGCUAUUCAUGACAAUCAUGGGGAGAAGAUGGAUAAUCCGUCAAAUGGUGUCUCCAUUGUAGGAUAUCUGAGACCUGCUUUCAUAGAAGAAGAAUCUUAUUUGAGGAGCUUAUUUCGUGCUGAAUGCAAUGCUGAUGGCCAAUCAUCUAACUGGAGAGUCAAUCAAACAGAGGAACACCACAGAGAACCUGUGUCAGCUUAUGGAACUAAUGGCCUAAUCGAUGAUGAUAAAUCGAGAAUAGACUCGAGUGAUGCGGGAAGUAGCAUGGAAUCAAUGAUCUACAAGCUCGAAAUAAUGACAAUUGAGUUGUUUUCCAUCUAUGGGAAGCAGUUGAUGAUUGAUCCACAAGACUUUCAAGAUGCAGAACCAGACCUUCUUACAAAUUACGCUCCAGAUAUUAUAAAACGCAUCAAAGAAAACAAUGAUCAAUGUACUAUGGCUCUGAGGUCCCUCUGUAGCAGGAAAAAAGGACUUGCAGUAGAGGGGGCAAGCUUGAUUGGGGUUGAUAGUCUUGGUAUUGAUGUAAGGGCUUUUUCUGGCUUGGAAGCUCGGACUGUUAGAUUUUCCUUUAAUGCACAGGCGCUAUCUGAACGUUCAGCUGAAAAGAAGAUCAGGCGAAUGCUUUUUCCACGUUAUCGCAAGUCUGUCAAAGUACCUGCUGAAGAUGAAUGUUAGACAACUAAUUUAUUUCCCUUCGACCACCAAACUCUGAUAGUGAGUAGACAAGGGUGCAAAGGGAACUCAACACCAAUAUUGCAUCCAGUCUUCUCCCAAUUCAAUAGGAGAAGUUCACAUCCGUCGACUAUGAAAUUAUCUCAAGUAUUAGAGCACCUGAUCGAGGUUUCGACUUCAUCGGCUAUAGAAGGUCGACCACCCAUGGUUUCUGACAAAUAAGGUGGUGGCCAUGUACAAAAGAGCAUCCUUGUCGGUGCAAUCUGCAACUGACUAAGUUCGGUCAGCCCCAAGUUUUCCUCCGGGAAAAAAAAAAGGGUGCAGUGCAGGAAACACCAAAUACAUAGGAUAUAAAUAACCUCAGUGCCAGCAUAGAGCUGUUAAAUUAUCGAUUGUGUCAUAGUAAUAAGCUCUUACUGCAACUUGUAACUAACUAUCAGUCAAUGUUUUUCACUGAAACUGGUAAUUAACUACCAGAAGAUUUUUUUUUUCUUUCCGUAACUGAAUAAAUGCGAUUCCAUUUGCCA